AUGAGUGUAUAUGUAUAUGUAUAUCAGCAACCCAUGUAUCCCGUUCAGUACGCCCCGCAACCGUGUGUAGCUGCUGUGACGCCCGCCUUCAAUCAACAACCUGCUCAGGCUUAUCAAGUGCCUCCGAUUUAUCAACCAACUCCAGUGCAACAAUGUGUUGCGGUUCCUCCAAUCUAUCAACAAGCACCGACAGCUCCUGUCUAUCAACAGCCGAGAGCUCAAGCUCCAAGGCAAAAUGCUCAGAGCCAGAAUAGGAGGCAAGGGGAUAGGGCGACCUUCAAUCCAAUCCCAAUGUUGUACACUGGGCUUUAUCCCUCCCUAUUGCAAAAGGGUUUGGUGGUUCCUAGACCUAUGGGACCUCCACCUGAUCGUCUGCCUCCAUGGUACAACCCUAAUUCACACUGUCCUUUUCAUGAAGGUACCCCCGGGCACGACCUAGAGGGUUUCUAUGCUUUUAAGCAUAGGGUUCGUGAGAUGAUUGAUAGCAAGAUCCUGUCUUUUAAGGGUAUGGGAUCAAAUGUGAAGAAAAAUCCGCUUCCUCCCUAUGGAGACCUUCCAGUGAAUGCCAUUGAAGAUGCCUCUGUUGGUGUUAUGGUUGAAAGAUGUGAAGACUGUUUCGCACACCCAAAAGGGUGUCAGAUGGUACGAGAUAAUAUUCAAGACUUGAUGAACGAAGAUGUGUCGGUAAUUGAACCUUGCUUCAAUUUACCUGAACCAGUUGAAAUCCCUUACUAUAACAAAAGAGUGGUGCCUGAGAAUAGUCAUCCGUCGCAUGUUGAGAUCUGUAUGCCUACGCCUUUUCCAUAUCAGAGCACCAAUGUUGUGCCUUGGAAAUAUGAGAUUACCGUUGUAGACAAGGUUGUAGAAGGAAGUGCAAACGUUAAAGUGACAGAAUCUAUGAGUGAGGACGUCACCAAUAUUGCAGGAAUGAGCAGAAUGACCCGUAGUGGUCGAAUCUAUACGCCUGAAUUCAAUGUGACUCCUCAAGGGUCGGCCAUGGAAUCUACAGUUGCAGCUCCCGUUAAAGAACCCAAAGUGGUUCAAUCUAAAGAUGUUGUUGAGUUUUUGAAGUUGAUAAAGAGAAGUGAUUACAAGGUUAUGGACCAGUUGCAUCAGACGCCAUCUAAAAUUUCUAUUUUGUCUCUGCUAUUUAACUCUCAAGCCCAUAAGGAGGCUUUAUUGAAGGAGUUUGCCCAAGCUCAUGUAACACAAAGCAUAACAGUAGACCAGUUUGAUGGGGUGGUUGCGAACAUCACAACUUGCAAUACUUUAAGCUUUAGUGGAGAAUAA